AUGAUACUUCCUGUCGGGCACCGGAAGUCCUGUUUCUCCCCGGAAGUCCAAAAGUGCUAUCUCCAAAUAAGCACGAAUGAGCAUUUUAAGGAAUUGAAACCAAAACUUACUUGGUGUGGGAAUGGAUUUAACCGACAACACUCUGCUGCUUGGUCGCUUUUUACGCGUGUGAAUGGUCGCGCCCAGUUCCAUCUACACAAAUGGAACCAACGCACGAAAAAGAAGACAUACACCAAGAAGGAUACUGAAUGGAACGAGGCAUCCCCACUUGAGCCAGACAAAGUCAAAGACAAGGCAGAAAAGAAACAUCUGAAGAAACUGAGACAAAAAGAACGAAACCGCCUGAAAAAAUUGGAGAAGACAAAGGAGGAGGACGAUAUCGACAAAGUCAACAACAAAAUAGAGCAAGACAUGGCUAAACUGUCAACUUCAGCUAACGACCUGUGCUCAGAUGCUAGCGACAAAAACAAAAGGGAUCAUGGCAAUUUUUGUGAUUCUGAGGGACUGGAUAUGACAAGUUGUUUUGUGAACAAUGCUGCCCAAAGAGUUCAGAGCAAGAUGGAUCCGAAGCCGACAUCUAAGAAGCAUAAAAUGAAGCCAUCGUUGCCUGAGAAAGUCGAUAUGUCUAAGAACGAGGCCAAGGACAAGCCUAGUGGCGUUGUUUCGGAUAACGUUGAGAUAAGCAACAAAAUUGCCGCUAUCGGCAAUGCCUGCGCUCGCAAUGGGCAGUUUGAUGCAGCUGUGCAGAAUUUUACUAAAGCUAUCCAGUACAAUCCAACGGAGUACAAGUUCUAUGGAAAUCGCUCCUUCUGUUUUGAGAAGCUGAUGAAAUACGAGAAAGCCCUGGCCGACGCCGAAGUGUCACUCGACUUGUGUCCAGGUUGGAUAAAAGGUGUUUUUAGGAAGGGACGAGCUUUGGCCGGUUUAAAGAGACAUGAGGAGGCAGCCCGGGCAUUCCAGGAAGUUCUUCACCUUGAUAACACUUGUAUAGAGGCAUCCCAGGAAAUGAUGAAAGUGCAGAUAAUGCAGCUCAUGGAGGGUGGCUUCACACAGAAGCAGUGUACGGAUGCCUUAGUUUUCCACGGCACGGUCCAGAAAGCGCGGGAGCAGCUGAACGAGUUACAUUUAAGUGAGAUGAACGCUGCGGCAAUAUCAACGCCACUUCCGGGCCCUUCAAUUGAGGGCUUUAAUAUCCCAAAACCCUUGGAGCUGUUUCCUGUCUGGGUGGGGAGCUUAAGCACUUCGGUGACUGAGUCUCACCUCAACCAGCUUUUCAGCAAGGCUGGCUUUGUUCACAGCAUCAAGAUCCUGACCUCCAAACAGUGCGCCUUUAUCAACUUUACACAGAAGGAGAGCUGCCAAGAAGCUAUAAGCAGAUUUCACGACUUUGAGCUGAUGGGCAACCAUAUCAGCGUUCGAUACCCAGACAGGAUGCCAAUUGGUAUGGGCAUCUCCAGGUCAGCCCUUAAGGCUCAAGAUGUCCGGAACAAUUACCGGCAAAAUGUGGGUAAAGGCUACUACGGCUACUCCAACCAACCACCUCCAGACCCCAGAGGCUACCCCAAAUACUGAAUUGCGUACCUAAUUUCUGUUUUUAGCAUGUUCAAUUUGCGCUAAAUUCAAGAAAUGUCUGUAUGUUUCUGUUUGAAUUGACUAGUUUUGUAUUUUUAUCUGACUUUUAUUGAAUCAAUUUUGCUGUUCUUGCUCUGUUUUUCCCAUGUACUGGUUAACCAUGUUCUACAAUCUUGCAUUUUAAACAAUGGAUGAUGCAGCAUGUUUGACCUAUUCAAACACUGAAGAGUAUUUUACGAUUGUCUAAUUAAAGGAACACUGCAAUAUUCGAAUCAUUUAUGUUCAUAUUGAACAUUUUAAGUUUUAUAUAAAGACAAUAAGGUGUUUCGAUACAGUAUAUCAGUGAGGUGAAUGGCUUACGAAGUACAAAAUUCUUGUUUUUUAUACUUGAGAAAGGUUGAGAAUAAGAAAUUUACCCAGCCAUCCAUUGUAUACAGUUUAUCCCUCUUGGGGGUCGCAGGAAAAAGCAUAAUUUACUUUUGGUAAAAAUGUUAUUUUUAAAUCGAAUCCAAUUGUCUUUUACUGCAAAACAAAAAAAUAUUUGUGGUCUUACUUUUUAUUUGUAUACAAAGUCCAUGCGCCAAUCAUUGUCCAGGAGAAGCUCUGUUUCUUCCUUGUAAAAGUCUAAUCAACUUCUGUUUUGUCUGAAAUCCCAGAAAAGUUUCUGAGUUUACAUUUAUAAUCCUCCAUAUUGGCUGUCAGAGUGAGAAUAGCUUAAAACAAAGAAACUACUUAGGGUUGCGCAACGAUUUAACAAUAUAAAUUUGACCUACGAUACAGAUAUGAAUAGCAUUGUCCUAUCGCGAUACAUGUUGACACAUUAUAGCUGUGUCCUGCAAAAUGGAGACUGACAAGCUGCACCAAACAGGUUGUUGUUACACAGAAAUGUCCUGACACAGAUGGCUAGCUUCCACAGCUCAGAGACCCUUCUAAUUUCCCAAUUUUAUAACUAACAUAUCUUCCAAGCAGCAUUCUCACUGGAGGACAAGGAAUAGAGGAAUAGCUAAGCAUGCAACACACCGAGCAAGAGAGCGCAGGAGAUCACAAAAAGCAUUGCUAAGCGCUGAGCUACCCUAAAUGUAAGUAGCAAAACAACAGACAAGUUAAGUGCACUUUAACAGAAGUCGAGCUCAUACUGUGUCACAGUGAAGACCAAGCAGCUAUUAACACAAAAUAAACUUGUGGAUUAAUGAGUUUAGAGAGUGAAAAAUACACAGAGAAACUACAUGUCUGAAAAUAUAAAAUUACGCUAUUUGUUUCUACAUGCAUCUUCAGCCAAAGGACAAGUUUGUGUUGCCUGUUUUGAAAUGAGUACCAAUUUGUAUACCAAAGAAUAUUUGGUGAUAUACAGGUAUACUGUUAUUACAAGGUAGUAAUAUAUAUUGCAAUAUGAAUUCUAGACCAAAUUGCCCCUAAAAAGCCAUCCUUGAAACCACUUUAUUGAAGUACAGAGACAGAACACUGCCAGUAAGUUUUGGGAUUGGAAAAAAACUUGACAAUGCAGAAAAAGUUGUAUUAACAAUGAAACAAGUAUUGGUAUUGUAAAAUAAAGUACAAAAAUAAAAAAACAA